AUGUCGACCCCUUCGACAGCGACCGCGGCUCUCCCUCCUCACCAGCACCACCAGUACUAUCCACCACAUCAUCAGUCGUGGCAGCCCCAGGUGUCGCAGCAUGUAAAUGGCUCGUCGCGUCUGACCAACUCGCACUACAACAACGCCUACCCCAGCCAGGAUCUGCGAAGGACGGCCACGGUCAACGCCCGCCAGCCGCAACAACCGGAGUCGUACCCCACCCACUACGCCGCCGACCAGCAGCAAUUGCCCAGCAUGCCCUCCCGCAGGCGGACCAACAAGCCCGACUGGGGCGAGUUCUACAAGAACGGCAUUCCCAAAGAGGUCAUCGUGAUUGAUGACGACAGUCCGGAGCCCCAGGCGCCACCCACUUCCAGGGCUGUCGCCGCAGUCGCUGCCGAUCGCCAUGCAGACAAGAAGCGCAAGACUGCGACCUCGACCGCCUACGAUCCCGUCUACCACCAAAACACGUCAUACUCCACCACCGAGACGCCCAUGUACCCCGGCACGCCUUCGAACCACACCAUCUCCACCGACCGCACCGCCUCCGCCAUACACACUACUGCGUCGACAUCGCUCGGAUCGACGAUUAGCAAUGGAGCAUAUGCCGCUCAGCUGGAGGAUGCUGCGGUCGGCCAGAAGCGGAAGCGCACAACGCGCAGAACGACGCUGGAUGAGGCCAAAGAAGCCAAGCGACGAGAGACCGAACAGCAACAGGAGCACUGGACCAGCUACAUCCCGCCCAAGCAGCCUCCCAUCAAGGCCAAGGAUGUCUACGUCAAGGUCGUUCCUGAUAAGUACCGCCCCAACGAGAAGGUGGAUGACGAAGAUGGUCACUAUGUCGUCCAUCCCGACGCAGACAUCACCGAGAAGUACCAAAUAGUGAAGUUGCUCGGGCAGGGCACUUUCGGCAAGGUCGUCGAGGCUUUCGACAAGAAAAAGGGCAACAAGGUCGCCAUCAAGGUCAUCCGAUCGGUUCAAAAAUAUCGCGAUGCAUCUCGCAUCGAGCUUAGAGUCCUGUCGACGCUUGCCUCGAACGACCCGCACAACCGCAAUAAGUGCAUCCACCUGCGCGACUGCUUCGAUUUCCGAAACCACAUCUGCAUUGUCACAGACCUGUACGGCCAGAGUGUAUUUGACUUCCUCAAGUCGAACCAAUUUGUGCCUUUCCCCAGUACCCACAUCCAAACUUUUGCGCAUCAACUUCUUACCAGCGUUGCUUUUCUUCACGACUUACACCUCAUUCACACCGAUUUGAAGCCGGAGAAUAUCCUGCUCGUCAACAAUGCAUACCAGACCUUCACGUACAACCGAACAAUACCGUCAUCAUCUACCGCGACUGCUCGUUCGGCUCGCCACAGGAAGGUCUUGUUGAAUCCCGAGAUUCGCCUGAUCGAUUUUGGCUCAGCCACUUUCGACGACGAAUAUCACUCUUCUGUGGUUUCAACCCGUCACUACCGCGCACCUGAGAUUAUUCUCAACCUUGGAUGGAGUUACCCGUGCGACAUUUGGAGUAUCGGCUGUAUUUUGGUUGAGUUUUUCACCGGGGAUGCUCUUUUCCAGACUCAUGACAAUCUGGAGCAUCUCGCGAUGAUGGAGGCUGUUUGUGGUGGCAAGUUGGAUAAGCACUUGAUCAGGCAGGUCCUGGCUAAGGACAGGGGACAGUCCCGCAACCCCGCUUCACAGUACUUCAAGGGCCAGAAGCUCGACUAUCCCAACACGGAUACGCCCAAGGCUUCUCGGAAGUAUGUCAAGGCCAUGAAGCGGCUGCAGGAGACAAUCCCGCCUCACACCGAGUUCAACAUGCACUUUCUCGACCUGCUAAAGAGGAUAUUUGUGUAUGACCCAUCGAAGCGCAUCUCGGCCAAGGAGGCUCUCAACCACCCCUGGUUCACCCAGAGGAUCGAGGACGAUGGCACUGAGGCACUCAAGAUCCGAAAGAAGCAGGAGCGGGCGAAGGCCGAGAAGGCUAGGCAGGCGACGGAGAACGGGUACCGGUGA